GCCAUGUGGAGCUGUUUGGAGAGAACUACAAGUAGAUAACAAUUUGCAUGACGCAUGUGAGUAGAAAGAAUAGGUCGCAAACUGGACAAAGUCUAUGAAAUGCACAACAGAAGCUUCCGACCUCAUAUUAAACGCCUGUGCUCAUGUCAUAUGAGCUGCCCGGUGUUGCAAGUUCUGAAGGCUGUGAUCCAAGAGUAGCCAAGCAGGACACUCUUCGGCGAAGACAAGCUUGCCGUGGUGCAGCAGAGGAAGGCUACUUAGGUGGGCAGCCACCAUGCCUCGGAUCACAGAAGAGCCGCACCAACUUGACAUUGGGAGUUUCUGGACAAUCUGGUGAAGACUCGCCGUCGAGGAAAAAUUCAAACUCGCCAGUCAAUGCCGUUUCAAGGUGGCGAACUCAUCGAAGUGCAAUGCUAGCAGUCAAAGAUGAGGAGCUUGAGAAUGCAAUCCAGUUAGCAGCAUACUACGUCGAGGACGCUGCCGAGGGCCGAUUGGACAACGGCCUGGCUUCCAAUUUCAAGUCUGGGAACAAACUGAAACUGAAUUGCUGCCGAGUGCAGACUCAUAUCGCGUGGCACGUCACACUGAUGACUGCCUGUGUGCUGCAUUCUCUCCUGAUCGUCUUUGAACCUGCUCCCUCAGAGCGUGUGAGUGGCACCCGAGGGUGGAUCAAUGCUGCGGAGAUUCUUCUCAUGCUUCUCUAUGUGGCCGACAUCCUUCUGAAGGUGGCAUACAUGGGUGCGGGUACGUUCCUUUCACUGAAAGGCUCCAAGGUGUGGCAGACCACCUACGCAGCUUUGACAGCCGUUCUUUUAGUGGACGCUGUCAUUGCACCAGCUACUCGCCUAUCACGGCCUCUGAGACCUAUCGUCUUGGUACUUCGGUCCAGAAGCAUUCGGAAUUUCUACACCACGGUCUUGAGAAUUUGUCCAAGCUUGCUGAAGGUGCUGGGACUGUUGCUAUUCAUUCUGAUGGCGUCCUCACUCGGAUUGGCGCGCCUGCUGCGAGGAAGCAGCAGCCGAUAUUUCAACAGCUCAAUUGCAACUUUCAAAGAGAUGGCAGUGCUGCUACUGACACAGGACAACUACAAAGAUCUCCUCAAUGACCUUAUGAGCCAUGGUGGGCUACUUUCUUUAUUGGUGUUUUUCACGUUUGUGGUAGUGGGUAUACUAUUCCUUUUGCAGUUGAUUUUGGGUACCGUGAUUGAUACCUACAUGGAGGAAGCCCAGGAAGAGCUUCGCAGCAAGCGAGUGAAACAGUCGAAAGGUUUGAUGCGGGCCUUCUCUGUGCUUGACUUUCGGAAUGAAGGACGUUUGCGCCAGAAAGCUUUCGAGCGCUUGCUGCAGAAAAUGCGACCUUCAGAUUCCCCUUUUGAGCGACAUUUGAAGUUCAGUCUUCUUUCCAACAAAUACAAGUCAAUGGUAACCCUGUCUGGCAGUUCGGGUCCGUCUUCACCUGCACGGAAUCGCUUGGAGGAAGUCUCCUCAUGUGUGCCAUCUUCGCCGCAAAGGCGGCCGAUGCUGCCAAAAUUGCUGGAGUCGCCACCUCCUUUUCAGCCAAGUAAUGAGCCAACAGUUGAUCCGAUCGACUUCCUUUCGCUACACACUGUGCUGGAGCUCACCUUUAAGCCUCGUCGUCCAGCCUGGGAUGUGCCUGGUGUGGCUGGAGAGCAACCCUGGUGGAGCCGAUAUGCCGAAAUUCUAUUGGCUGAUCUCCGCUAUACAGGUGGAAUGCGUCUUGUCAUGUGGCUCGAUGCUGCUGUCUUCCUAGCAGAUGCUGAAUGCUUGAAACCCUUCUGCGCAUGGGGAUGCUACGCUCAAGUAAAUGACUUCUUGCAAGCAGUUUUCGUGAUGCAGACUAUGAUGCAGGUCUUGGCCUUGGGAAGUCUUCGCAAAGCUUGGCGCUUUGGGUCUGCAGACUUUCCAAUCCUUGUCCGAGGAGAGCUGAUACUGGCGGCCUUCCUGACUGUGAUAUCACUGUCAAGCCAUAUCUUCAGCUUCUUUGUGGACUUCCGUGAAAUGGCUGCAGGCCUUGGCGCCCUUCGCAGCCUCCGUUUGGCUAUGACGUCUGGGAGCUCCCGCUUCUGCCAGUGUCUGGCAGAUAUUCUGCCUGCCAUGACGCAGAUGCUGGGCUUGAUCUGUGUGGUUCAGUAUACCUUUGCAGCCACGGCGCUGGAGAUAUUGGGCCGUCAAAAUGCCCCAGGCUUUGUCACUUUUCCAGAUGCUGCUAUGUCACUUCUUCAAAUUCUUCUAAAUGCUGAUGGCAUAACUAUGGCAAGAGAAAACCUGGAGAAGGCCCAUCCAGCGACCGCGAUCCUUUUUGUCGCAUACUAUGCGGUUGCAGUCCUGGUGGUGGUGAAUCUGGUCACAGCGCAGGGAGCCAAGUUGAAAUUUGGCCUGCUUUGCCCGCUUUGCUGCAGACCAGCCUUUGAUAUGAUUGAAAUCCUGGCUGAUCCUGGCUAUUUGAGGCUCAUGAUUGAAUUUUACCGUGCAAGUCUGGCAGAAAACGUGGAGCGCUGUGAAGCAAGGCGUUCUGAGAUCACUAGACAAGUUCAGGAGAUGGGAGGCAAACUGAAUGCAAAACAUCCAAACGCAAAAAUCGGCGAGACUGAAUCGAUUGUCCUUUUGCCACCUAGUGCAAUCGAAGCAGGAUUUGCUCAGAGAAAUGGAGGUUGUUGAGAACUUGGGCUUUGAGGUCACAAGCGGGUCCAAAGAGACCGGAAUCGAGAAACUUCGAGAAAGUUUCUUGGGUCGUGGUCAAGAUGUAGUGGAUGAGGAGCUGCUUCGUCAGGUGCAGAAGGAAGCACCGCUGGAUCUUUUGAGGUUGCAUCGCUCAAAGAGUGGCAGCUUUGGCUCCGGUAGCUGCCCCACAUCACCCGGGAGAGGUCUUUGACAUUUUGUAUCAUUUUGUAA